AUGGACUUCACGGCGCUCUCACCGCUACUCUUCCUCUUCUUCGUUCUGCUCAUCCUCAAACUGGUCAUCGACCACUACGCAUCACCCACCCGCGGGCAGCGACUGCCACCCGGCCCAUGGCAGCUGCCGCUCAUCGGCAGCCUGCACCACCUCCUGCUAUCGCGCUCCGGGGGCCUGCCCCACCGGGCCAUGCGCGACCUCUCCCGCGCCCACGGCCCGCUCAUGCUCCUCCGCCUCGGCGCCGUGCCCACCCUCGUCGUCUCCUCCGCCGAGGCCGCCAGGGAGGUGAUGAAGACCCACGACGCCGCCUUCGCCAGCCGCCACCUCAGCGCCACGCUCGACAUCAUCAGCUGCGGUGGCAAGGGCAUCCUCUUCUCCCACUAUAACGACCGCUGGCGCGAGCUCCGCAGGAUCUGUGUGCACGAGCUCUUCAGCCAGCGCCGCGUGCUCUCCUUCCGACCGGCACGGGAGGACGAGGUCGCCCGCCUCCUGCGCGCCGUCUCCGACGGGUGCCGUGAUGGCCAAGCAGUCAACCUCAGCGAGAAGAUGUGCCGCAUGACCAACGACUCCGUGGUGCGCGCGGCCAUCGGCGGUAGGUGCCACCACCGCGACGAGUUCUUGCACGAGCUAGACGAGGCCGUGCGGCUCACCGGCGGGAUCAAUCUCGCUGACCUGUACCCGUCGUCGCGGCUCGUGCGCCGGCUCAGCGUCGCCGCGCGGGACAUGGUCAGGUGCCAGAGGAACAUCUAUCGCAUCGUGCAGAGCAUCAUAAAAGAACGCGCCGGCAUCCCAGCGGACGAGAGAGACGAGGACCUGCUCGGCGUCCUCCUCAGGCUGCAGAAGGACGGCGGCCUGCAGUUUGAACUCACCACCGAGAUCAUCAGCACCGUCAUCUUUGUAAGAUAUUAUCUACGAUCAUCAUUCCUCUCGGCCAUCUUAUUUUUACACGGCUCUGAAAAUUCUGAGCAGAAUGAAUGGGCCAUGUCGGAGCUCAUGAGAAACCCACGAGUUCUCCACAAGGUGCAAUCGGAGGUGAGAGAGGCCUUCAACGGGCAAGACAAGCUGACCGAGGACGACAUCGUCAAGGUGAGGCUGGGCUACCUCCAGCUGGUGAUCAAGGAGGCCCUGAGGCUGCACCCGCCGGCGGCGCUCCUGCUCCCACGCGAGUGCCGCGAGACGUGCCGGGUGAUGGGCUACGACGUGCCCAAGGGCACCAAGGUGUUCGUCAACGUGUGGGCGAUGGGGAGGGACGACAGGUAUUGGGGCGACGCGGAGGCAUUCAGGCCGGAGAGGUUCGAGAACAGCACCGUCGACUUCAAGGGCGCCGACUUCGAGUUCCUCCCCUUCGGAGCCGGCCGGAGGAUGUGCCCCGGCAUGUCGCUCGGGAUGGCCAACAUGGAGCUGGCGCUGGCUAGCCUCCUUUUCCACUUCGACUGGGAGCUGCCCUGUGGCGUCGGGGCCGAAGACAUGGACAUGACGGAGACCUUCGGCAUCACGAAACAGCGGUGGCGGUGGGCUGGAGCCUUGCCUCAUGGUGGUUGGAGCGGUGAGAAAUCAACGGGGCUGUUAUAA